AUGUAUGCUCUGGAUAUUAUCGGUCCAAUUGUAUUGCUUAUAGUCGCCUAUAUUAUACAAACUUUACAGCCACUUAUUAUCAAAUUACUAAUUGAUUUCGUUGACGACAAAUAUGAUCAUCAAUGGCACGGAUAUGUCUAUACAGUGAUGUUAGUUGUAAUCAAUAUUAUCUACUCGUUAUUUAAGUCCUAUUCCAAUGAAAUACUAACUACAAUGGGUAUAAGAGUUAAAUCGUGUCUAACGUCAGCCAUAUAUCGCAAAGCACUGGUAUUAAGCAAUGAUAGCAAACGGCUCACACCUAAUGGAGAAAUUGUCAAUUUGAUGACAGUUGACUGUCAACGUAUUAUAGACAAUCUUCAAUACUCUCCAUUGCUAUUUACAACACCCGUACAGAUUUGUUUGGCCGUCUAUCUAAUCUAUCAGCAAUUAGGUGUGGCCGCAUUUGUAGGUCUGGCCAUUUUGAUUGCCGUUAUACCAAUCAGUUUAGUACUAACCGUAUUCAAUGGUCUGUCCAAACAAAAACAAUUUGAAUUCAAAGACAAUCGGCUAAAUAUAAUGAACGAAAUACUUAAUGGUAUUAAAAUUUUAAAAUUAUACGCUUGGGAAAUACCGUACAUUAAAAUGGUUAACAAAAUACGUAACCGUGAACUAAGACACAUGUUUUGCGCCGGCCUAUGGUUUAUGGUUACACUGACGCUAACCUUUACAGUGCCAAUGAUUGCACAGUUGGCCACUUUCGGCACGUUUAUAGCUAUUGAAGGGGAGGACAAAAUUAAUGCCCAACGUAUAUUUGUAUCGGUUUCGUUGUUUACCUUAGUUAACAGUAGUGUUAUAACAUUUCCAUUUGCUUUCAAUUCAAUUAGCUUGAUUUAUGUAUCACUUAAACGAAUCGACAAAUUUCUCAAAUUACCCGAACAUUACAAUUAUGUUAAAAACAAUGAUAACAAACAAUUUUCAGUGACUGUAGAUAUGGCAACAUUUUCAUGGAUGGGUAAUGAAAAUGAUUUACAAACAACAACAAUACCAACAAAAACAAUAACAACCACCACUACAACCAUCACCAACAACAACAACCAUACAUUGAGAGACAUAAAUCUUGACAUAACUAACGGUAUGUUUGUAGCAGUGGUCGGCGGUGUCGGCUCUGGAAAGAGUUCACUAUUAUCGGCACUGAUUGGUGAUAUGGAACUGAUAGGCGGUUCAGUUAACAUAUCACAGGACCAGAGUCUGGCAUAUGUUCCCCAACAGUCAUGGAUAUUGAAUGCAACCCUUAAAGACAACAUACUGUUUAACAAAGCAUACGAUCCGAUUAAAUACAGUCAAGUUGUGAGUUCCUGUGCUCUCCAACCAGAUCUUAGACAACUAUCCGGCGGAGAUGAGACUGAAAUCGGCGAAAAGGGUAUCAAUUUGAGUGGCGGUCAAAAACAAAGAGUCAGUUUAUGUCGGGCCGUCUAUUCUGAUGCCGACAUCUAUUUGUUUGACGAUCCGUUGUCCGCAGUGGACAGUCAUGUGGGCAAACAUAUUAUGACCGAAGUAUUUAGUUCGCAAACCGGUUUAUUACGUCAAAAAACCCGUAUUUUGGCCACCAAUCAGCUGUUUGUGUUACCCGAUGUCGACCUUAUUGUCGUAUUGAAAGACGGCUCAGUGGCCGCUAUCGGUACUUAUGAACAGCUGUUGGACAACAAUCGUGAGUUUAACGAUUUGGUCGCACAAUACUCGGUCAACAAUAGACAACAAAAAGACGAAGAAGAUGAAGAAUUAGAAGAAGCAGAUAUGUUAACUGAUGGUCGACAUAGCACUGGUAGUAUCGACGUCACCAACUCAUCAACAAUAGAACCUACUGUUGAUACUAAUAGUGACCAACCAUUCAAUAUGACAACCAUUUCUAAUACACAGCUUAUCAAUGAAGAGCACUUGGAGUCUGGAGUAAUCAAGUUUGGUGUUUAUAUAAAAUAUAUCCGUUCAAUGUCUACUAUACUAUUCAUCAUAUUUUUGAUUGGUUUAAUAGGAGCUAAUGUUUGUCAUAUUUAUGUCUACAAUUGGCUGUCCGAAUGGACAUCGGAUAUCACCAACCGAUCCAAAACACAAUACUAUCUGUCAGUGUUAGCCGCACUGAUUGUUGCCUGUAUUGUCUUGUUUAUGGUAGGUGUGCUUAGUUUGAUUGCCGGCACCCGACGGGCUGCCCGACAAUUGCACGGCCAGAUACUUGAGCGUGUAAUGCACGCACCCAUGACAUGGUUUGAUACGACACCAUUGGGUCGGAUAUUAAACAGAUUUAGCAGAGAUCUCGAUGUUUUGGACGGAGAGUUAUGUGAUUAUAUUAAUGAGUUUAUGAAUGAGUUUCUAAUAAUAAUUGCCGGACUUAUUAAUAUAUCUGUAUUGACGCCACUAUUUUUAGCCCCACUUAUUGUUGCUGUUAUAUUAUAUGUAUUAUUUCAGGUAUUUUAUUUAAAAUCAUCGCGCCAAUUAAAAAGAUUAGAGUCAAUCACUCGAUCGCAAAUCAUAUCGCACUUUGAAGAGUCGGUCAACGGUCUGUCCAGUGUUCGAGCCUAUCGUUGUUCAGAUAGGUUUGUACGGGAAAUAGAGUCCCGAUUGGACGCCAACCAGAUGUGUCUGUAUCCCAAUGUUUUAGCCAUCAGUUGGCUACAGAUACGGCUGGCAGUGUUAGGUAAUCUAUUGAUAUUUUUUGCCGCA